AUGUUUAAUCGUUCAAAAACGUUGAUGUUUCCAUAUGUGAAAAUGCAGCCUCUCUUGAAACGUGCUGCAACCAACAAAUCUUUCUAUUCGUCUUAUGCAGCUUAUGGAGCUUCUCUUUUUGUGUUGACAGUUUAUAUUUGUGAUUGGAAGCGUUUUGUUAAAUUGAUUCCUGUCUACAAUCAGCGUUUCAAGGAGGAGGAAUAAUGGAUGAAUGGAAGGACUUGUAUUGAA